UUACAAACAAUGAUACUAAUUUUGCGGUGAUUUUGAAAUAGUUAUCAAAGAUAAUUUAAUGCGUUUUAUAUUAUUAAAGAUCAUUAUAUAGUUACAGUUAUAAAAUCCUUUAUUAAAUGCAAUUUGUAAAAUUUUUAUAUAAUCCCUAAGAUUUCAAAUUUUUAGUUUCAUUUUUAUAAUGAAAACAUGCGAUCUCUGCGCACUGACAUUUACCUAUAUAAAAUUUAUUCUACUGCAUAAAAAUUAAAUUUUUUUUUGUAAAUUCCGCCUAAUAUUUAUAUUUUAAUGGCUUUUUCUUGUGCCAAUUUUUUAAAAAAACUGCAAGAAACUGACCAAGAUAUUAGUGUACCUGAUAAAUCAUCAUCAAUUCAGACAGAUGUGUGUUUCGAUGCAAUUGAUGCCCUUGAUUCAAUUCUUUCAACAGUAUGCAGUUUACUUACCGAAAAAUCUGACAUUCUCAUUGAAGAAACUGUGAUUCUCAGUCAUAAGGGUUUGGAGGAUUCUGUGUAUGAUAAAAAUAUUUCUCUGCAUAGUCAUGAAAGUACAAUCAAUAAUCUAAAAGACUCUUUGGGGGACCAAAGCUCUAUUUCUAAUACAGGCGGUAAUUAUUCUGAUGAUGAUCAGGAUUGUCAUAUCAUUGAAGAAAGCCAAUCGUUUGAUGACAUUUUGGAUUUUAAACCAGUACCUAUACAAAUAACUGGAGCAUGGUCUGAGUUUUCUAACAAAAAUGAAAAUAAUUAUGCUAGAGGUUGCAAAUGGGCUCCUGACGGGUCAUGUGUUUUGACAUGCAGUGCUGACAAUGUCUUACGAAUUUUUAAUUUGCCUUCAGAAUUGUGGGACUUUUCCAAGUGGCAAGAUAUUUCUGAAAUGACUUCUGUUUUGAAAUUCUCUGAGGGAGAAUUAAUCUAUGAUUACUGCUGGUAUCCAUUAAUGGCAUCAAAUGACCCAGCUUCCUGUUGUUUUGUUAGCUGCUCAAGAAACAAUACUGUGCAUCUUUGGGAUGCAUUCACUGGUGACCUUCGAUGCAGUUACAGAACAUACAACCAAUUGGAUGAACUUACAACAGCUCGCAGCUUGAGUUUUGAUGCUGAUGGUGGUAGAAUAUUUUGUGGUUUCGAUAAGAUGGUACGUGUUUUUAAUACUGAUUUACCAGGAAGGAAUUGUGAAGAAAGACCCACAUUUGUGAAAAAGAGUGGACAAAGUGGUAUCAUAUCGUGUUUUGCCUUUUCUUCUGCCAAUAAAAAUAUUUCUGCUGCCGGAUCUUACAGAAGAACAAUUGGUAUAUAUUCCGAACCCGAUGGCUCACUGGAAUGUAUUUUAGAAGGUCAAAAAGGGGGAGUUACCCAUUUACAAUUUUCACCUGAUGGCAAUCUUCUAUACAGCGGAGGAAGAAAAGAUAAUGAAAUUUUAUGUUGGGAUUUGAGAAAUUUGGGUGAAGUCUUAUUUUGCAUGAAAAGAUAUUGUACCACCAAUCAAAGAAUGUAUUUUGAUAUUAGCAGGGAUGGUCGUUAUGUCGUAUCUGGGAACACUAAUGGUGUGAUAAGUGUAUGGGAUACAUGGAAAGAGGCUAACACUGAAACUUUCUCGCAGGAUUUCUCUGUUCUAGAACCAACACAGUUCUUUCUUGCUCACAAUGAUUGUGUCAAUGGAAUUAGUAUAAAUCCUACAUUUCCACUCCUUUGUUCAUCGUCUGGUCAGAGGAAGGUCCCUCCACUCCUUCCAGGUGAUGAGGAUGAUGACAUGUUUGCAUCUAAAACUGAAAAAUCAGACAAUUCUCUGCGGCUCUGGUGGAUAGGAAAAAAUUCUUAAUUAGUAGUUAUUUCAAUCUUCUUUAAUUAGUUUGUUUUUAACAAUUAAUAAAAAUUUCUUUUCUA